AUGGACGACUUGUUUGGUUUGGUGGUGGCGGACUCCAAGAUUCUCUUCACUCACGUGGUCUGCUUGCUGCGACAUUUCUGGCGAACCUUGGACCAACUUAACCACCAGCCUGGCAAGACCGAAGAGGCAGCGCGAUCCAGCGAACAUCGGAAAGAGAAGCAGGAGUUUAUGCGACUGCAGAACGACAUCUUGAUGUACUUGGCAGAUGUCUUCACUUGUGAGCGGCUCCUCCGCUUCGCAGUGCUGCCCGUUUUGAUGGGCUCUGCUCUGAGUUGUCGUCAGAUGCUUGUCAUUCUGGCGACCCUGCUGUUGAGACCUUACGUCACGGAGGAAGUGCUUCAGUUGGUGACGUCUCCAGCGCCUCGCGCGCCAUUGGGAUACUUUGAAGUGCAGAAGUCCUGGGGUGGCCGUGCACAGGGCACCACUUCUGAUGGCUAUGACGCUCAUCGACCAGAUAGUGUCCUGUACGAGUCCAUGCCAAUCAAGUUUGCCUCCGAGCCGCGCCGUACGAAUCGUCUCCGUGAUGCCUUUCUGGAGAGAACCAGCGAGCUCUACGAGAAGGGAAGGGUCAAGGCUGCCACCAACAGCCUGAAGUGCCUGACUUUGCUUCUGGAGGCGUUUUCGGCCGAAUCCCUGGAGAAGUCCGUGGCGGAGGCUCUGGGCCUGUGCCUGGCCAGAUGCUUGGCUCGGCUUAAAGCGGCUGAACAGUUUCAGAAUCCCAAUUGGCUGAUGACAUAUCGAGGGGUUACCCGCCACAUUCGGGACUGGUAG